CCCCGCGGGCGCCUGCCGCGCCGCCUCACCGCGCUGCGGCGCCGGGACCCUGCCAGGUACUUUAUUCCAGUGAGAAAACCGACAAAAAUCUGAGCAGAACCACCAGCUAGCACCGUUAGGUAUUAGCGAUGGGAAUCCCGGGCGAGUGCGGACAGGAAGGAGAGCGGGUGUGCGGGUUUCACAGGGUAGGUCUCACGGGUGUCCGCUGCUCACAGGAGAGCCACCCAAAUUUGCUUUCAUUUCUGUUCCUGUUGGGCACGGAGCUGAAAGGAGGGGGUGUCCUGGGGCAGGUGCUCCCAUGGGAAGCACCCCCUGCACGGCAGCCCCCCGAAGAUCCCAGCCCCGAGGGAAGGCACAGGGAGCAGACGUGGGCAGCGACCACGGGGCCUGCCUGCGCUUCAGGCCUCCCAGAACAUGAGAAUUCAUCUUUCUACUCACCAGUGACCGAAUCUGGCUCUGGUUGCCAAAGCCAGCUCUCUCAUGGAGGCGGACAGGGAAACCGCCUGCCCAGACCUUCCCGAGCCCAGCCGCAGGUAAGGAGGCACCGCCGCGGCAGGACAGCAAUCUGUGCGGGCAGCCCGACCAGCAGCUGCCAGCGAGAUAAGGGCGGCGGGGGCCUCCCGUGUCGGGUGGGAACGGUUCAGCUGAGGACACACUGCCAUGCCCAGGGAGCAGCUGCCCGGCAAGGUCACUGGCCUCGAGCGAGCUGGCAGCUCUUGGGCAGCACGUGUGCUCUGGCGGGCCAGAGGCGACUGCAGCGGGCAGGGAAGGCAGCGGGUGCCGGAUACGGGGCAGGACGGACCCUCUUCAUAGCCGGGAGUGUCUGUACACCUGCUAUCGCGGCUGCGAAGGCACCAGCCAAGGGCUGCCCUCUACCCUGCGGGACCACGGUACGAGCAAAGCCCUCCCGCGCAGCAGCUGGAGCUGAUCCACCACAGCCGCGGCUGCUGUGGGGCACAGACCGCACGGUAGCGCCUUGCCGGGGUGCCGGCCGGGGCCUGCCGCGGACAAAGUGCCCCGAGGCGCAGCCCGAUGGCCCCAGAGCCCCUAGGGAGGAAGGGGCCGAGGCUCAAGGUCCGGCCGAGCCCGGGAGAGGGAGCCGCAGCCCGCCGCGAGCCGCGGCCGGCGCCCGCCCGCCUCCACGUGCGCACGCGGCGCCGGGCGCGGGGCGGCGGCGCCACCUGCCGGGCGGGGGCGGGGACUGCGCUGGGCCGGGCCGGGCGGCGGCGCCGCAGCCGCGGAACGGCGGCGGGGACCCCGUCAAGCAGGCCUGGCGGGCGGUUGAGCAGCCAGGCGGUAGCGUGGCCGAGUGGUCUAAGGCGCUGGAUUUAGGCUCCAGUCAUUUCGAUGGCGUGGGUUCGAAUCCCACCGCUGCCAAGUUGUUUUCGUCCCCGCCGCGGCGGCUCCUUUUCGCCCCCCCGCAGCAGAAACGCGGGAGCCGCCGGCGGGGGCGGCCCGGGCCCGGCACGCUACGAGCGGCACUGCCCGGGCCGGGCACGGCGCGCCGGGAGUGCUGCGGCUGUCGGUCACUGUCGUUAACAUCAAUAUUAUAG